AUGUCCGCCUUUACAAAUGCCGAAAAGAUCCUCAUGGCCAAGGCCUGGAUCUACGGGAUCCGACCCUUUUUUAAACAUGGCAAAAACUUCAACCCGACGCGCGAUAUACCCCCUCAGACGGGCAAGACCAUGCUCGUGACGGGCGGCGCCUCAGGAAUCGGAGCGGCAUUCGUGGCCGAGAUUGCGCGCCACUCGCCCGCGCAGGUCUGGAUCGCCGACCUGCGCCCCGAGGCGGCCGAAAAGGCAAUCUCGGCCAUCUCGGCCGAGUGCCCCGACGUCAAGAUAGAUUUUCUCCAGAUCGACCUGGGCGACGCCGAGUCGGUGAAGCGGGCCGCGAGCGAAUUCCUGUCGCGCACCGAGCGCCUCGACGUGCUCCUCAACAACGCCGGCAUCCUGCCCGCCAAGGGGUGGACGACCAAGGACGGCUACGAGUCCAUGUUUGGCGUCAACUUUGUCGGCCACGCGCGCCUGACGGAGCUCCUGCUGCCGCGCCUGAUGGAGACGGCCGCGAUCCCGGGGGCGGACGUGCGCGUCGUCUCGGUCGCGAGCGGCGGCCACGGCGUGCACCCCAAACCGGACGGCGUGCGGCUGAGCAGCGGCGGCGCGCUGCUCAAGGAGCCGACCUGCGGCGGCAUGACGGCCAUGCAGCGCUACGCGCAGAGCAAGCUGGCCGUGAUCCUGUGGGUGCGCCGCCUCGCGAGGGAGUUUCCCGCCAUCACCAUCGUGUCGGCCCACCCGGGGACCGUCGCCACCAGCAUCGCCAACGACCUCUCUGGCAGCACCCGGCAACCGCCAGCGUUCUUCGUCAAGCUCACGGGCACAAAGACGCCCGAGAUGGGGUGCUACAACCAGCUCUGGUGCGCCACCGCCCCCAGGGAUCAGCUCGUCAGCGGAAAGUACUACUGCCCCGUCGGGCUGCCGGAUCAGGAGUUUGGCAUCGCCAGGGAUAGGAAAAAGGCGGACGAGCUGGAGGAGAGGUUGUGGGUUUGGCUGCAGAAGGAGCUCAAGGGGGACAGCUUUGUAAAGGUGGAUGCUUAG